AGCAUUACUGCUUCCGCGUAAACCCACGUUUUUUUCUCACAGGAGACACGUUUAUCCGUUGCUAACAUUAAGGAUUUAUAAUAGUAAAUAUGAGGCCGCUAACAGAAGAAGAGACCAAAACGAUGUUCGAGAAGUUAUCUAAAUACAUUGGUGAAAACAUAAAACUUCUAGUGGACCGACCAGACGGCGUUUACUGUUUCAGGCUACACCAUGACAGAGUCUACUACAUGAGUGAGAAAAUUCUAAAGCUGGCCACCAACUUUUCCCGGGACAAACUCAUGUCAGUAGGUACGUGUUUUGGGAAGUUUACAAAGACCAAGAAGUUCCGCCUGCACAUCACAGCCCUGGAUUUCCUUGCUCCAUAUGCAAAGUUUAAGGUGUGGGUGAAACCUGGAACAGAGCAGUCUUUCCUGUAUGGGAACCACGUGCUAAAAUCUGGUCUUGGCAGAAUUACUGAGAACACGAUGCAGUAUCAGGGAGUUGUGGUUUACUCCAUGGCAGAUGUGCCUCUGGGUUUUGGUGUGGCGGCCAAGUCUACGCAAGAGUGUCGGCGAGUGGACCCCAUGUCUAUUGUUGUGUUCCACCAGGCUGAUGUCGGCGAGUUCAUAAGAAAUGAGGAAACAUUAACAUAAAGAUGCAGCAAACAAGUGGACUGUCAAACUGUUUAUUUUUAACAGUAACCCUCACUCAAAGUCAAAUGUUCAGCUUUUAGCUGCUAAGUAUUUUAUAGUGACAUGAUCUGAUCAAAGUUCCUACUUCAAGAGCAGCUGUUAUAUCUGGAACACUUCCCUACAGUCCAGAGGCUAAAACAAACAAUCUGUCUAUUGACUCACUUCUGCCAUUUGCAGAAUUUCCUGGUUUGUCCCCUCCCUGUUGUAUUAAAUGAGAAGGGUUUUGUUUUUGUGUGUAUGUUUUUUGUAACUUGAAUCUUGAAAUAAAUCCACAUCUCUGUAUCAUUUAAAUUUAAAUGUUUUUUUUUUUAAAGGUAUCUGUAGAUCUUAGCUAUAUGGAUAUUUUGCAGCUUUCAUAUCUUUAAUUAAAGGUCUGUUCUGCUUUUCUGAGAUCAUAAGACUGAGAGAACAUACUGACUUUUAAAGCUAGUCCCAUCUGUAUAUCAAUUCAACGAGUGUGUUUGUUAUUUAGGGCUGCAGAGAUGCUACAAUAGUCACUAUUUCUGUUAUCCCUUCCUCAAAAAGAAACAAUCUUUGACCCACAAACAUUCAACAUUUACUAAAUUGUAAAGUGGCUUUUAAAAUGAUCAGUAACUUGUU